AAUUGAAGGAAAAUAUCUUGUUCAGUUAUGGUUUCAAGCACAGAUAUAGAUGCACAGCGGUUGAAAUUAAUGCAAGUCAAUCUAUUGGCAAUCAAAAUAAAUUAUAUCCAUUUAAAGAUCCCUGCAAAACAAUUCAUGAAAUUCACAUUAUUUUCAGGUUAGAGUCACUUUAUGUAACAACUCAUUGAUGUAGCACAUAAUUGUUAAGUGGAAGGCAAAGGAUAUGUGUUUUUGAUAUUUUAUUAGCCUCAUAGCAUAAUUGCCUAAGUCAUAUAAGCCAAAACAUAACUUAGGCAAUUAUGCUAUUAGGCUAACGAUUUUUUACUUAUACAAAUCUCAAAAAAAGUGGCAUGCAGCAGCUAAAGCUCAGACAAAUGAGAAUAAGAAUUUAUGUGAACAUAAAUGUUUAAGUCUUGCCAUGAAUUCCUAAAUAGAUUUAGAUAUGGACUUUGACUAGGUUAUUCCAUGAUCCAAACCAUUCCAUUGUACGUAGCGCUGGCUGCUUGUUUGGGAAACCCCAGUCUUGUCUGCGGUCUCUAACAGGUUUUCAUCCAGGAUUUCCCAGCAUUUAGCUUCAUGCAGUCUAAUAUCAACUCUAAUCAUCUUCACAGUCCCUUCUGGAGAAAAGCAUCCCUACAGCAUAAUGCUGCCACCACCAUGUAUCACAGUAGGUUGGAGUGUUGACAGCCUAAGUUUUUUCAUGACAUGCUUUUUGCAUUAAAGAGAAAAUGUCCAGUUAUGGUCUCAUCUGAACAGAGCACCUUCCUCCAAGUGUUUAGUCUGCUUCUAAAAUGGCUUGUGGCAAAGCGUAAUGCAGGGUUCAUUGUUUGUGUUUUGACAAUUUUUUUUUCAUGAUCCUGCAUUUCAGCCAUCAAUGAAACGUCUUCCACUCUGCCUGGGAAUCUUAAAAACACACCUGCUGGAACAUGAACCUCCACUCCAGCGUUAAGUGUUUUGCAGCCUCUAACAGGGUUAGCUCCAGGGUUGCCCUGUAUUUAGCUCUGUCCAUCUUCCCAUCAACUCUGACCAGCUCUCUGUUCCUGUUGAAGAAAGACAUCCCCAAAGCAAGAUGCUGUCACCACUAUACUGAACUGUAGGGAUAGUGUGUUAAAGGUGAUAUGCAGUGUUAGUUUUCAAAUAGUUACAUUUCGAUCUCAUCUGACCAGAAAACCUUUAUGUUUGCUGUUUCUCCUACAUACAAACUUCAAACACCACUUCUUGUCGCUUUUUCCAACAAUGCAUUUCUACUUGCCAGUCUUCUAUAAAGACCACAUUUGUGGAGUCCACAACUCUUUGUUCUUUCAACAGAUUCUCCCACCUAAGCUGUGGAUCUCUGCAGCUUCCUCAGAGUUAUAAUGGGCCUCUUGGCUGCUUACAUCAAGUUCCAUGUCUUGGUAGGUUUGCGGCUUUGCCAUCUUCUUUCCACAUUCAAAUGAUGAAUUGAACAGAGCUCUGUGAGAUGUUCCAACUUUGGGAUAUUGUUUUAGAACCUACCCCUGCUUCAGACUUCUCCACAACAUUCCCUCUGACCUAUCUGCUGUGUUCCUUGGUCUCCAUGAUGAGUAAAGAAGGAUAAAACUAAUCCAUGCUGCCCUUUUCCGAUUUUUCUUUUUGCAAAAAUAAUUCUUCACUCCACAGUUCACUGCUCUCCUUUGUGUUGGUCUAUGAUAUAAAAUCCAAACAUCAAACACUGAAGUUUGAGGUUGUAAUGCAGGGAUAGGACUUAACUAGUUACAUUUACUCAUUUACAUUUACUUGAGUAACAUUUUGAAAAGAUUUACUUCUAGGAGUAGUUUUAAUGCAUACUUUUACUUUUACUUGAGUGAUUUUCUUUUUGAAAUAAAGCUACUCCUACUUGAGGACAAUUUCUGGAUACUCUACCCAACUUGAGUUACUUCACUAAAUGAAGAACAAGUACAUUUUAAUUAAAAAUGCCCAUUUCAUGUUACAGUGAAACUUCUUGUUUGUUCUAAUGAUAUUUUUUACCUACUGAGCCUGCUAAUCCAUACGGAGGUCAAAUGAAUAUACAGUAAACAGUAUUUAUUAUCAAUGGAAAAAGUUUUACCAUGUUCUAAAAAAGAAAUAUUACCUACUAUAAGUAUUGGUUUCAAAAGUUUUAUAUUGAGAAAAUUGCAGUGUCUAAUUUCAGAAUUUCUUAUUUUGUAAUUCUGUUAUUUAUGUGUAUGUUUUUUUUUUUUUUCAGUCUUUAAAAAUACUAGAUUUGCUCAUAACUUAAUAUUUUGUCUGACUGAUUACAUUAUGUUUACAAUAAUUAAUCAGAUGUUAUGAUCUGUUACUCGGUAGUUUUCUGACUAAAUGUUGUUUUAGUCAUUAAUGAUUUUUUUUUUUUUUUUUGGAUGGCUACUUUUUAUUUUUACUUUAGUAAAAUGUGUUGAAGUGGUGCUACUCUUAUUUUAAAUAUAAGUGUUCUCUUUCCAUCCCAUUCUAGCAUUUUCUGAUCUGUGGUUGUGUCACAGCCGCUGUGCGAGUCAAACAUAAAUAACAGUUUGUUGAUAUGUGAGAAGAUGGCUGUUAACUCUGAGGCUGCUUCUGUUGAGCGCAUACAGCGAGAGAAGGAAGCUGACAGAAAGGACAAACCGUGUAGCCUUUGACCUCUCAGCGGACAGUAGUUUCACCGAUGAGCUCAUGUGAUUUCUUACCUCUAUCUGAUCGGGAAGCAGAUCACCGCAUGUGGUUUCUUCCUCUGGAUGAAAAUCCCAACCAAACUACCUCUGCAAGCAACUUCUGAAUGUUUUCUAAAUGUUUGGCGUUCCUUGGCAGGAGGCGUGCACAUACGGAACAGCAUUGUAGGGAUGAUGCCUUCUCUGACAGCCUGUCAUCGAUUGAUGGACAGGAGCUGAGCGUAAUAUUUAGAAGUUUAACUAUGAUGUCGUCAUGUGCGCUGCAGCACGCUGCAGAGAGAUGUACCAAGAACUGGCAAAGAUUUCCUGAUGGAGUAACUAACACCUCCCUGCGGGUUGCAAUUGUUUAUUUUGUCCGCUUUCACGCUGGAUGUCCUGAAAACAUCUCGCUGGUGACACGGUGUUAACAGCGCUCUUAAUUAUGGUACCUCACAAUUAUUGGCUGAUGAUGAGGCUAGUUAUGAUGUAAUCUUUCUCACUCCCUCUUCCUUGCACACAGCUACAGCCCCUCCCUUUCUUUCUUGUUUCCCCACCUCUUUCCCUGUCUUUCUCUCCUAUCCUAACCAACAUGGCCGCUAAGUCGGAUGGAGCAGCGGUGUCUGUGGAAGAUGACAACACGCCCAGGAGCCUCUCGGAGCCGGGGAACCCCGCAGCCCGGUCCCGCUGCACCGCCGCCGGUGGGAAACCCUACACCCUCCUGGACUGCUGCUGGGUGCUCUGCUCCCUGCUCGUCUUUUUCUCCGACGAAGCGACAGACCUGUGGCUGGCCGCAGACUACUACGUGAAAGGCUUGUACUGGUGGUUCGGCUUGACUCUUGUCUUUGUCGUGGUACCCUCCGCUGUCGUGCAGGUGCUGAGUUUCAGGUGGUUCGUGUAUGACUACUCGGAUCUUAGCGGCGGAGAAGGUUCAGCCAGCGGCAGCGGGGGCUGCGCAGCGGCGGUGGCAGGCGCGGCUGGCGCCGAUGCCACAGCAGGCGACAGCACGUUAAGUACCAAGGACAGCGACCAACGCGCUGGGAACGCGGCAGUGGCGAAUGCCGCGAAUGUUACACCGGUGUGUACGUCCUCUGGCCCGGCUGCUGCGGCGGGAAGAAUCGGCUCCCCCCGGAGAUGCUGCACCAUCUGUAUGUGGGUCUUUGAAACCGUGCUUCACGUGCUGCAGCUGGGGCAAGUCUGGAGAUAUAUCCACACCCUCUACCUGGGUGCCCAGAGCCAAUGGCACAGCAACGGACCCCGUCGUCACUUCCACUGGAGGCUGAUGUUCGAGAGUGCCGACAUUACCAUGCUUCGCCUGCUGGAGGUCUUCCUGAAGUCUGCGCCGCAGCUUGUCCUGCAGCUAAGCAUCAUGAUUCACGAGAACGACGUCAUGCCGCUGCAAGGCCUCUCAGCUUCAGCAUCACUGGUUUCACUGGCCUGGAUGAUCGCCUCCUACCAGAAGGUUCUCCGAGACUCCCGUGAUGACAAGCUGCCCAUGUCCUACAAGGCCGUGAUCACCCAGAUGUUGUGGCACUUCUUCACCAUAGGGGCGAGGACUGUGGCUUUUGCCCUCUUUGCCUCUGUCUUCCAGCUCUACUUUGGCAUAUUUAUUGUCAGCCACUGGUGUGUGAUGACCUUCUGGAUUAUCCAGGGUGAGACUGACUUCUGCAUGUCCAAAUGGGAAGAAAUCAUCUACAACAUGGUUGUGGGUAUCAUCUACAUCUUUUGCUGGUUCAACGUCAAGGAAGGGCCCAGUCGCCUCCGUAUGGCUCUGUAUUACUCUGUGACACUGGCUGAGAAUGUGGCGCUGACCGCUGCCUGGUAUACCUACCGUGGACCCCAAACUAGCGACUCAUCCGCCCUGGUAGUGGUGUGCUUGGUGGCCUGUAGCUUUGCCCUGGGAACCUUCUUUAUGUUGGUGUACUACUGCUGGCUACACCCAGACGGGCCUGUUCUGGGGUCCCAGUGGGGAGGAUGUGUAGAUGAGGGUGUUGUAGGUACAGGGGGGAUGGUGGGAGUUAUUGAUGCUUGCCUUACUCCAUCCCAAGGGUCCCAAACAGAUAUGGUCAUUACCAGUCCUCCACGGACUUUGCCCAGGACUAAAGAUAAAGACACAGGGGAACCAGUUCCUGGGGAAAGGGACAGAGACAAGGAAAGCUGCCUGCCUGUCUUCCAGGUACGCCCCUCCCCUUCCUCCUCUCCUGCUCUGCUUCACAGGACCUCCUCCACAUCUCGUGCACAGGAGGGUCCUGUAAUCAGGAUCGACCUCCCAAGAAAGCGAUACCCAGCCUGGGACGCACACUUUAUUGACCGGCGCCUCCGCAAGACCAUCCUGCUUCUGGAGACCACAUCGGCCAUCAGUCCACGGAUACAGUACAGGAGCAGCUUGAUGGGCAGCAAAGAGGUAUUAGAAUAUGAGACAACUGUUUAAGCCAGCUGGGGCUUUAAAACUACAAAGGGCAGUCUUGGACCAAGGCUCAGCCCCGAAUCCGUCUUCAACCCAGGAAUACCUGUGCUGGGAGUAGCAUGAAAAGAAAACAGAGUGUCGGCUGACUCUUAACAAGAAAGGAGGUUGUCAAACUGCGAUUGUGAAAUGUGAACCUCAAUGUGGGACCAAAGCUGUUGAAGAACAUAUAGCGAGAAUCACCUGUGGGGAGUUAAUGAAGUAAUACUAUUUUCUAACACUUCAAACAAGAGGAACUUAAUCUUACACCUGGGACCAGUAAGUGUUAGAUUUUGUUUCAAGCUGGAUGAUCAGGACAAGAAGUAAAAGGACACCAGAGAUAUAAAGCUUGAGAUAAUUAAAGAACAGUCUGCCACAUGAACUUGAGCCUCAGGCCACAGAGAGAGAACCAGAAUGUAUGAAAUGUUGAAGAAGCAGAUUGUCAGAGUGUGCAUGGGACAUGCAAUCAUUUUGGUUAGAGCAAAAUACAACAGCAUCGUACAUCAAUCUACAGCGUAUGUGAUCUGGCAUUCAGAGAUGCUGGGCCAUUGUCUACAACCAAAUUCAUCCCAGGUUUAGCUAAGAUAAACAGACACUUCUUACCUCCGAAUUACCAAUUAAUACUUUGGCAUGCUUUAGAGAAAUACAACGAGAAUACACACAGACGAGUCAGAGUUAAUUUGUUGCAAGGGUCGCUUUGUUCUUUCCAUCUCAUCAUGUCCCCAAAUUGUUGCAUGUGCCUCACAAAUCUUUGGUAACUGUGCUCUUUAAACAUUUCUUCAGUGGCAUCUAAAGCCAAAAGCAGUCGUUCAUGAUCGAAUUCCCAGCAGAUCAUUGGCUUUCAUCUGAUGAAGGAGCGCAACUCAGUCUAGAUCAGAUUGUUCAUGAAGCAUAGGCCUGCAAUACAACUGAUCCCAAUUCACCCAUCCAUUUGUGCCACAAUUGCAGCCAUAGCACAAGUCUCACUGUUUACAUCCUAGCUGCACUGUCAACUUCCGACCCAACGGACUUGUUUGAAAAGCUCAACAAGGAUCUGAUAAAUGGAUGUACGUAAGCAGCUUCUCCAAAUGGCUACCAAUAUAUGGCAUGCUGUAAAUUGCCAGAAACAGGUCUGUGAUGUACAGUUGAAUAAAUGCAGAUGUCCAAUACUGUAUAAGAUGUGAAAAUAAGCUGUAGUUAGAUGAUGAAUGCAUUUUGUGAGUAAGGAAGAUUAAUUUAAGAGUCUAAAUGUUGUCCAAAGUGGUUCAGUUUUUCUAAAAAUCAUAAUAUGUAGUAUAUGAAAAAUCAUGAUCUACUUCAGUAUGCCAUGAACUGGGUUUAAUUUUGAGGGCAAAAAGAAUAAAAAGAAAUAUAACAACAGUUUAAAGUUAACUGUCAAAGACAGAAAUGUUUUUGCAAACUAGCUAGUUGCAAUAGUUGAUGUCUUUUGUGACAAAAAGAAUAUAUCUGCCACAACCGCCUAAGUUCUUGUGUUUGGUUUGGUUUCCCUGGAGGGCCAUCAUGUUUUCAGAUUAGAAGGGUUCUGUCUCCCCCUUCUGGCAGACAGAGCAGUAGCUGUAAAAACAGUGUAUAUCAUAGGUGGACGUUGUCACUGAAUCAGGAAGUCAUAAAACCAUUGAGACAGUUGCUACAAGUGCAAUAACACUGAUGGAUGGAUCUGGCUCUAAUAGUUUCCAAUUAUAAAAAACCUUAUUGUUUCACAAAAAUCUGUGUGGUCCCCUAUUUGUAGUCCCUAAUUAAGUCCAAAUUAAGGCUCUGAGAUAAAGAAUACAGUCAGGUUUUAACUUAUGCUCUUUCAGGUUCUAAAAAAGUAAAAAUUCAGCCAAAUGAAAGGACUUUAAACUGCAAGUUACAAACCAACAGGUGAUUCCCAGAGGCUACAUCCACUUAUUAUAUACAGUGUGUGAUUGGUAUUGUAUGUAGGACUCAUCUUUCCUCUGAGUGCGUGAGGUCUUUUUUUUAUUUUGAGCUUUAGAAAUGUUUCCUAGAUGCCUUGGAUGGAAUACUUAAAGAUCAUUAGGUGAGACUUAUUUAAUUUGUAGAUUUUGACCUUACAUGUUUAUCGUGACUGGAAAUAUUUCUGAACCACCAGAACUGUCCUUCUUGUAAGCAAGGAACCAGUAUAGCCUUCUUCCAGCCACACAGCAACAAGCGGGAGAGGGGCGGCACUGCAUCUCAUUCAUACGGUUGUAGGAAACUUUAGCUGCCCCUCUGCAUUCUUUGGCAGCCCAGUAAAAGGACUUUAAACUGUAAGAGCAGGAUUUUUUGGGGGGAGUUUUAAAACCAAACCUUUUUUAAAACCCUGGCAUACCUUGAUACAGGUUACCGGCCCGUGCCUAAUCAAACAGGACUCUAUGUCUGGAGGCAACGAUCAUCAGGUCUGAUCCUCUUGAUUCCAGACAUCUGUUUUUCCAGCACAAAUGUCGAUUAGUGAAUAAACAGUGGAUGUUGCACGAUCCUGCAAUUUAGUAUAUGAAUAUGGAGACAGAAGGAAAAUGACUGAAUCAAUAUGUCUCUUUCUGUUCUCGUUUUUAUCUCGGGCAAUUCAAAGGCGUGGGUGUUGGGGGAUACUUUGUCAUUGCUGGUUGUUGAUGUCUGUUCAAAACUCAAGAGCUUUGUGACCUUUCAUACUUUCUGUUAGUUUGGUUGGGGGCUUGACAGAGAUGGAUCCUUGACCUAUCGAACAUAUUUGUCACAUUUGUGUUUCCAAUGCUAACCGCAGCUAAAAGCAUAUAGCCCUCAAGCUCUAGCUAAGUGGGACGCAGCUUCAGAGGUCAAAGUUUAGCAGCACCUCUAACAAGGUGUGGACAAAUGUCACUAUUAGUUAGAAGGUGACAGAUCAUGCCUGGUCAGCAACAGCACCUAGAGGAAGAACAGCUUAAUACUAAACUCUGUUCAUUUUCAUAUUAAACAAGCGAUUUAUCUUCUGCAGCCUUUUUCUGAACUUGUUUUUUAGAGACUUUGUGUUUUUUCUGAAGCCUUUAGACAGUUUCUGUAUUUAAACUGGUCUGACUUGUGGAGGUCACCUUCUGUCUGUCUGAGAAAAACCUACAGCAAGGUGGUGAUUAUAUGUAAAGUGGUAACAUUUACUGCAAGGUGGGUUUCUUUUCUAACAAACAUCCAAUCCUUGUGCAUGCCACCAGAUAAGUUGUUUGGUUGCAGCUCAGUAAGAAUGUAGAAGAUCUCAUUGUUUGAGGGAGUUCCCAAACCAUGGCUGCUUGAUACAGAUACCAACGAGCGUGUUAAUGCAGCUUUGAAGUUGUUCAAUAUCUAAUUGAGACAAUACAUUUGGAGAUUUUAUGUUGCUGCCAUGUUGAAAUAAUUGUUAUAUCCAAAGUGUGUCACUAAUUAUAUUUUAAAGCACUCUAAGAAAUGAUGAAGGUAAUCAAAGUCAAACGCUGGUUAUUUUGUGACUCUCAGAGCAUCUUCUUGCUUUAUAAUGUCCUCAUUCACAGGCAGAUCUCACGCUGGGGACAGGAGGGACCUGGAUCACCACUGGCUGCCAUCCUAACAGCAUCCUAUAGAGGAUAUGUUCCCUGAGUUAGUCCCAGCUGUUUGUGUUGUCUGAGUGUCCUGUUUGUUGCUGCACACUCUGCUGUUUUCUGAUGUGUUCCACUGUUUGCUGUAAAUGAUUUCAUUCAGUGUUCAGUGGAACAUAAAGAAAACCAAUGCUGCUAACAAGUCUGUAUUAUUAAAACCAGGACAGAGGUGCCUCCACACUUAUUGGCUCUCUGGUAAAGAUGUGUAAAAACACCCUAACAUUUUAUUGAAGCAGCAUAAAUUCACUCUAGGUUGUUGCACUUAGUUUUUUCCUUUAACAUUUCAGAAGGUUAGAGAAUGCGGAGAGAGAGAUCUUUAACCAUUCUUCUUAGUCACACUCUCUAAGUCGUUCUGGGUCUUCUGUUCUGCUCUCUUCUUCUCAGCUCUCCCUACAGGUUUUUUAGAGGGUUUAGGUCUCGGGACUAAUAGGGCCAAACCUUUUGGAUCAGUAUCCAAGUCUUCAACCUGCCAUUCACUCUCGCGAGGUUGCAAGAUCUUUGGAAAAGAAACAGGUCCACAGCAUUACAAGUCCUCCACCAUGCUUAACAUCAAAUAUAAACAGGGUUUUCAAAAUAUUCAUUCUUUAUUUAAUGCCUGACCCACCUUUAAUCUUAUCUGACCAAAUUACACAGUACCAGUUCAAGUUGGGAUGAGCAAACUCCACAUAUUAAUAUUUGUGGUGGUGGGACACAAAUAGCUUUUUUCCUGUCAUGUCCCCCAAACAACCAGUAGGCAUGUAGAUAGCAUCUAAUGGUGUUUAUGAGGACUUGAUGGUCCUUUAUGCCACUUUCUGACAUCUUGGAGAAGUAUUUUUGCCCCUUACCACCCUCUUGACUGUGUGGGGCAGGAUAAACUCAUCCAACCUUGAUUUUAAAACAUUUAGGUUUAGGCAAGUAGUCAUUUCCUGACUCUGGAAGUUAAACACACAUCUGCCUUACUUGACUAGCAUGUUUUCCUAUCUUUCCUAUUUUGAAGACAGCUAAAAGAAAUCAGCCUCAGUCUCAUGUCGUAUUUAUACCCAGAAAUGAUUGUUUUUAUUGAAGCUUCUUGAUCAACACAUUGAUCAACUUCAAAAGGAUUUUAGGGUUUCCAAUAAGUGUGACCAUUAUGAUAUAAAUAUUUCAGGGUGAGAUUAGCUCACUGCAAUAAAAGAUGUAUUUAAAUACUUUUACCACAACUCUACCAAGGAUGCCAUUAAGCGGGGAGGGUGUUGUAAAGUUUUCAUUUGUGUGUCCUCCAAUUCUGAAGCAUGAACCAGGAGCGGUGCAGAACAUUCAGGAAGGCAAAUAAAAGCAAAUGACAGCUACUAACAAUGCAGUUUUAUGACGCAGAUAGUGAACCUGAACUAAUGGACCUGAGCCCACUGGUGACAUACACAGAGAUGUUAAUGGUGCUGAAAACAAUGAGUUUUUGUUGCAAAUGAUCAUGACGUGUUAAAUGUGAUAGGCUAAUGUAAUGCUGAUGCAUACACAAACCACCCAGUCAAAGGCCAAGGUACACUGCUUUCUCUGAUUGGGUAAUGCAACAGUUUUUUGUCGUUUAAGCUUAGAUAACAGUUGAUAGUAAUGUGCUGAUUAUAUAUUGACUUGAACAAAAAAAUGUUUAAAUGUUAAAGAGUUAAAAAACCAUCUUUUAUUAAUUAAUGCAAGGAUUUUAUGUUGAUUUAUUUUUGUAUUUGUUUUAUAUCUAUUUAUCUAUUGUUUACUCACUUGGUGGCCAUGUCUUUGGUAUGACUCUUUUAUUAAGAUGUAAAAUAUGAAAACAGAGUUUGUUUUUUUACUCAUUCUAUAUUUCUGUAAAUAUCAGAGUGAUACUAUUCCAGGAUGUGUGUGUACAAGUAUGUGUGCUUUGGUAUGUGAGUAUGUUGUGUAUGUAAAAGUAUGUGUGUACUGUAAGGAUGUGCUCUCAGUUUCCUUUUCUUUGUUUUUGAUAAUGCCGCUUAAACAUCCUUUGAGUGAGCAAGCAGAAAAAUAAACCCGUGGUGAAAAAUAUCUAUGACGAUGUUAAAAAAAAGAAGAAAAACAAAGAACUCAACAAGCUGUGUUGAUUACUGUAGGUGGGAAAAAUACUGUAGUAAACAUGGCUCAACAGCCAUCAGAAUAAAUUCAA